UAUAUUAGGACGAAGACAAAAGUGCAUUUAACCUUCAUAAAUUAUGCUCUUGUCGCCAUAUUUAAGGUAAAAUUAGAGUGACGAAAUCGUAAUACACCAAGAAAUGACAUAUUCGAAGUUUGCACAAUAUGCCGAGGAAUGUACUGACAAAGAGGAAGAAACAUAUUCUUCUACUCAUUCUAUCUGCUGGCUUCAUAUUCCUCACCUUUCAGAUUUUUUCUUUGUCUGCUCUGAACAUUAGUAGUAGAUUGUCUGCUCUCAGGGCUAUGGAAGAGGAUGGGGAAGUUGGCAUCAACCUUGUUCGAGGAAACCGACAUCGCCGAAAUCAGGCAAUAGAGGAAUUUGAUAUGCAUGUAGAAAUAGACGUUGAUCAAGGGAAAUCUGUCAGGGAAGGAAACUUUGAAAAUCAUGAUCUAAAAUUUAAACCUGUGGAUAUCAAUCAUCAGCCACAAGGGGGCGGUGAAAGAGGAGAGAAUUUGGCGAUAGAUGUUUCUAAUUUGCCAACAGGUGUACAUCGGACAGAUGCCAAGUUCUAUAAAAAGAUUGAAGGCAAUAUGUUCCUUUGUCGUGAUAAAAAAAAAAACAUUCCGUUUACUCAAGUCAAUGAUGAUUUCUGUGACUGUGAUGACGGAUCAGAUGAGCCUGGCACGUCAGCAUGUUUGGAUGGAAGAUUUUUCUGCACUCACCAGAUCCCAGAUGAACGACCACAGAGUAUUGCCAGCAGUCGUGUUAAUGAUGGCCUCUGUGACUGUUGUGACGGCAGUGAUGAGUGGAAGGAGAUACCACCACCUCUGGGUGUUCAACGUGCAGCUGGAAAAACUGCUACUGUACUGACAGCACCUUGUCAGAACUUGUGUAACAAGGUUAUACAGAGAAAAGAGGAAGAUGCAAAAAUUCGAGAGAUUGGGAAACGUCAUAGACUGGAGUACAUCAAGGCCGCUGCACACCUUCUCGGGGAAGAAAAGGAGAAAUUUGGACCUGAUGGUGUUUUUUUCAAGUUGAGCCGGAAUUGCUUCCCUUUUAAAUCCUCAGGGUAUGAAUAUACAGUUUGUCCUUUUAAAAGUGUCAAACAGCAGCAGUUUCCUCGGGCAUCAAAGUUACUUGGAGAGACAGCAGUAUGGGAAUACAUGUCCGAGGGAUUAUAUAUCCUCAACAUGUUGAAUGGUGCAACACAUCUCUGUCCCGGAGAAUUGCCCCGUAAAUCGGUGAUAUCCUUCCUUUGUGGCAUAAAUGAUCGAGUCGUGUCAAUCCUGGAACAGGAGACAUGUGUUUAUCAAGUUAAGUUUUCCACUCCGGCAGCAUGCUGACCAUUAGUUACUUCAGAGAGUUCUAGUGUGGGGCUGUCCUGUAAAUUACAAUGAAUAAGAAUGUGUUCUUUUUAACAGUGACAGUAAGAUGUCCCAAACUAUACCAAACAAAAAAGGAAAAGAUGUGAGGCAAAGGAUGUUUAAACAUCAUUGGAAAAGAUGUGAAGCAAAGGAUGUUUUAAACUCCUAAGGAAAAGAUGUGAGGCAAAUGAUGUUUAAACACCAUUGGAAAAGAUGUGAAGCAGCGGAUGUUUUAAACUCCUAAGGAAAAGAUGUGAAGCAAAGGAUGUUUUAAACUCCUAAGGAAAAGAUGUGAAGCAGAGGAUGUUUUAAACUGCUAAAGAAAAGAUGUGAGGCAAAGGAUGUUUAAACGCCAUAGGAAAAAAUGUGAAGCAGAGGAUGUUUUAAACUCCUAAGGAAAAGAUGUGAAUUGUAGGAUGUUUAAACGCCAAAGGAAAUGAGGUGAAGCAGAGGGUGUCUUAUGACAGAAAAAAUGUGAAAAAGAGGAUGUUUUAAAACACCUGCAGAAGAGAUCUGAAGCAGAGGAUGUGUUUAAGAUAUAUGCAAGAGAAAGUAGAAUAAAAGGAGAUGUGGAAAUUGAAAAAAGAGACUUGAGAACACACAUAGAAAAUCUGUGCCAACAGAUCUAUAGGUAAUUGUUAACCCACAUGGUAAUGUGUUGCAUGUAUGUUGAGGAAAUGGCUAUAGUUCAAGACAGAGCUUGACGGAAACAAAUUUUGUGGGUACCUCGUGCAUCAAAAAGAGUUAACAACAGGAGUUCAAAAUCUAAAAAUUGGUGGUACCAUCUUAUUCUGCAGGAGCUCAAAGACAAGAAAUUGGCGGUACCCUGUAAUAGGAGCUUACAGCCUAGAAACUUAUGCUACCCUGUAAUAGGAUCUCACAGUCUAGAUAUUGAUGCUACCCUGUAAUAGGAGCUCACAGUCUAGAUAUUGAUGCUACCCUGUAAUAGGAGCUCACAGCCUAGAAACUUAUGGUACCCUGUAAUAGGAGCUCACAGUCUAGAAACUUAUGGUACCCUGUAAUAGGAGCUCACAGUCUAGAUAUUGAUGCUACCCUGUAAUAGGAGCUCACAGUCUAGAUAUUGAUGCUACCCAGUGAUUCUGAAGAAGCUCACACUUCUACUAUUUGCCAAACAGAAACAGUAUUGUGUGUUUGGUUUAUUGUUGUAUAAAUACAAAAAAAAACAUUACUGAUGUUAUUCAUGUAUGCAUCAGCUUUCUAUGCAAUUGGUUAAAGGCAUAAUUAAAACAAAACAGCAUUCCUCUACAAAUGUGAUAUUGAAUUAUCACAAAAGUCAUUUAUUAUCUAUUAAUCAGAUUUUACAUUUUUUAAUCCACCACAAUCAGAUGGUGGGUUGUUCAAAUUGUCUUGUAUCCGUUGUUUCAUUUUUCUAAUAUAGUUUGAUUUUGGGACUUGUCGGAAAAACAAUAUGGCUUCCUGAUGGUCAUCAUGGAUUUUCAUAAUGAAAGUUUGUUAUCCAUAUGUGAGAAAUACAGGAGGAAUGUUCCUCAAAUUUCCUGUGUGGAUUACACUUACUCCUUAGUUGUGCAAUUCAGAAGAAAAACUAAAUGGUCGAUAGACUGUAUCUUGGAUUUGACAGUGCAAGAUUGUUAUUGCUAUUUCUAAUAGGAAUUUUCAACUCUUACAUAAUUCAGAACAAAAACACAGGAAAGAAGAGAAAAAAAUGGCUAAAGAACAAAUAAAGGUGAAAAAAUGUUGGGCAUCAAGAUUUCGGUAAGAUCUCUUGUUUAUCAUUUAAAUUCCAUUAUUAUCAAUAUUUAUGAGGCCAGCAUCUUUAUGUAACACAUAUUGCAUUCCGUUUGGGUCAAACAGCUAAAAUAAUUUUGGUUGUAUGAAGUGUCAAUCAUGUGUUAAUCAUUGUGGUUGUAUGAAGAAUUAAACAGGUGAAAUCAAUUUGGUUGUAUGAAAUCUGAAACAGCUAAAAUCAUUAUGGCUGUAUGAAGAGUCAAACAUUUAAAAUCAUUAUGGUUGUAUGAAGUGUCUACUGUUAGACAGACUUCAGGUGGAACCUCGGAGAUUUUGUGAUUCUUGUAAUAAUGUAAGUGUAAUUAAUUUGGCGGAAUCAAAUUUUAGUGUAUUAUCACUUUCAGGCAGAUAUUCACAAGGAUUAAUAAGCACGUUCACAAUAAUUUUUACUUUAAAAACAGAUUGGAAUUUCAAUUAGCACUUUCAUCUGAAGAUCUGAGUGAAUUUUCAAAUGUUUUGGUACGAAUAAUGAAGAAUGAAUCAUAGUUAUAUCGGUUGAUGUCAACUUAUUUUUGCCAAGUAUCUAAUACAAG